CUCCUCCCCCACCCUGGUCGGCGUCUGGGCCUCGUCCCCAUCUCUCUGUCUCCCUCUCCUCCACCUCCUCUUACCCCCGACACUGACACCCCGCUAUUCCAGUCUCCCCAGGCUCAGCCCCUUCUGCCCAAGCUGAUCUCUGCUGGCAGGAUUUGAUUGAAGGUCGCGCCUCAACCCUGCAAUAGCCCCCCAAAAGCCACCGAGGACCAUGACUAAGACAGAUCCUGCCCCAAUGGCUCCGCCACCCCGGGGGGAGGAGGAGGAAGAAGAGGAGGAGGAAGAACCUGUCCCUGAGGCUCCCAGCCCCACCCAGGAGCGCCGUCAGAAGCCUGUUGUGCACCCCUCGGCACCUGCCCCCCUCCCCAAGGACUACGCCUUCACCUUCUUCGACCCCAAUGACCCGGCAUGCCAGGAGAUUCUGUUUGACCCUCAGACCACUGUCCCAGAGCUGUUUGCCAUUGUGCGCCAAUGGGUGCCCCAAGUCCAGCACAAGAUUGAUGUCAUCGGCAAUGAGAUUCUGCGACGAGGCUGCCACGUGAAUGAUCGGGAUGGGCUGACUGACAUGACCCUGCUCCAUUAUGCUUGCAAGGCUGGGGCCCACGGAGUCGGGGACCCCGCUGCAGCUGUGCGCCUGUCGCAGCAGCUGCUGGCCCUGGGCGCCGACGUGACCCUGCGAAGCCGCUGGACCAACAUGAACGCGCUGCACUACGCGGCCUAUUUCGAUGUGCCCGACCUGGUGCGCGUUCUGCUGAAGGGCGCGCGGCCGCGAGUGGUGAAUUCCACAUGCAGCGACUUCAACCACGGCUCGGCCUUGCACAUCGCGGCGUCCAACCUGUGCCUGGGCGCCGCCAAAUGUUUGCUGGAACACGGUGCCAACCCAGCGCUGCGGAACCGAAAGGGACAGGUGCCAGCGGAAGUGGUGCCAGACCCCAUGGACAUGUCUCUGGACAAGGCAGAGGCAGCCCUGGUGGCCAAGGAGCUUCGAACACUGCUGGAGGAGGCUGUGCCCCUCUCUUGUACCCUCCCCAAGGUCACACUACCCAAUUACGACAACGUCCCAGGCAAUCUCAUGCUCAGUGCGCUGGGCCUGCGCCUGGGAGAUCGAGUGCUGCUGGAUGGCCAGAAGACGGGCACACUGCGCUUCUGUGGGACCACGGAGUUUGCCAGUGGCCAGUGGGUAGGCGUGGAGCUGGAUGAGCCAGAGGGCAAGAAUGACGGCAGUGUUGGGGGCGUCCGCUACUUCAUCUGCCCUCCCAAGCAGGGUCUCUUUGCCUCUGUGUCCAAGAUCUCCAAGGCAGUGGAUGCACCACCCUCAUCAGUCACCUCCACACCUCGGACUCCCCGAAUGGACUUCUCCCGGGUCACAGGCAAAGGCCGAAGGGAACACAAAGGCAAAAAGAAGCCUUCAUCUUCCCCAUCUUUGGGCAGCCUUCAGCAUGGAGCUAAGGCUGAGGUUGGAGACCAAGUCAUUGUUGCGGGCCAGAAGCAAGGGAUCGUGCGCUUCUAUGGAAAGACAGACUUUGCUCCGGGUUACUGGUAUGGCAUCGAGCUAGACCAGCCCACGGGUAAGCAUGAUGGCUCUGUCUUUGGCGUUCGAUACUUCACCUGCCCCCCGAAGCAUGGGGUCUUUGCCCCAUCAUCCCGAAUUCAGAGAAUUGGUGGCUCCACUGACCCACCUGGGGACAAUGUUGGAGCCAAAAAAGUGCAUCAAGUGACAAUGACACAGCCCAAACGCACCUUCACAACAGUCCGGACCCCAAAGGACAUUGCAUCAGAGAACUCCAUCUCCAGGUUGCUCUUCUGCUGCUGGUUUCCCUGGAUGCUGAGGGCAGAGAUGCAGUCUUAGAAGCCCUGGACGCCUGACAAAGAGACACAAGAGCCCCCUCUAGUGUCUCCUGACCCAGGAGCUCCUAAAUCACCCUGAGAUAGAUUCCCAGUAACACGUCCAGAAUAGAGACCCCAUUAGCCAGCCCUCAGUCACUGAGGACCCGUUAUUAACAUGAUACCCCCCCCAAAUACAGACCCCAUGUUACCCAUAAAGAGAUUCCCUGAGUGUAGCACCUUCAGGCUAGUUCCUGUCCGAAGUCCUCCCAGCAGAGCCCCUAAUGAACAGAUUCCCACAUCACUCCAGAUGAUGGUGACCUUCUCCACAUAAUGCCCCACAACAGAACAUUCGUGAGUCACUCAUUACAAACACUCCCCUCCCCCACAAAGACCCCCAAGACCUGUGUAAACACAGGUCACACCUGCAGAGCAACAAGAGUAGCCGACUUCCAUAUCCCAUCAUCCCACAUUGAACACCAUGCCCCUCAAGACACCGUGACACUCGUGGUCACCUCAGCAAUCUUAUAUACAAUCAGAGAGCCCCUCCAUGAACAAAGACCCCUGCUCUUACCCCUCUACAAGAGACCCACAUGAGCCAGCCUACUGUCACUCCCAAUUUACAGACACCAAAACAGUCCUGGAAGUGCUAAUUACAGGACCCUCAAGUCUUCCUGCCCUCUGCACCCUGAAGAAACCCCCAGUGCCUUGUAUGAAACCCACCCCCAUGUGAACCCACAGCACCUGUGCUGGCCAGGUUCCCAGAAAAUUUCUCUAUUUUUUAAAUAACGACUCCCCCCUUUGGGGGACCCCAAAAUUUGGAGGCCCCAUUCUGAUACUCUGGAGACCUCAGGUCUCAGGGUACACAUCCUAAACUCCCCUUUGCCCCGGAUUCCUAUAGCCCAUAGAAGACCCUAAGGCCCUAACUCCCAGGACCCCCAAAUUGUGGAUUUUGGGAAAUCCCCAGGGAAUACCAAAUUUAUUAAUCCAAUCCCCAACCCCCAAGAAACCUCAAUCAUGGAGGUCCUUGUGCCUGGGAUGGAGGAGACAGCAGACAAGAUAUUUAUCCUGGGCUCCAGGGCACCCCAAACAUUAAUCAUAGGCACCAGGAGGCCCCAAACAGAAAUUCUCAUUUCUGGAAACCAGAGGACUUAAAUGCCAAGUUCAUGGAACUCAAAACACACAAAUUCCAAGAGCCCCAGACCCACAGGAACCCUAGAUCCUAAAGCCUCCAUCCCUAAUACACGAAGGGCCCCCAAGGCCAGGAUCCCAAAUACAGGAGCCCUCAUUUCAGUCUACUUUCUGGUCCCAGGUCCAAAACACCGAAUCUAAAUAACUGGCUCCGAAGGACCUCAGCAUUCAGGCCAGAUCAACAGCCUGAGGGAAACCCUGAAGUCCCAGGGUAUCCAGGUCGGACCUGAGGCCCCCACCACCAAGGACAGCUCACGACUGCCCCCUUCACUGCAUGUCCCCUCAGCAUGUCCCCUGCCCCCUUCAAUAAAGACGUUUCUAUGGUU